AAACGCGUUAGUGUAUUUCGGCGAACACAGAUGAUUUAUAAAAACAUAAUAUAAUUUCACGCAAUAAGGAAAGUUCAGCAAUUAAAAAGGAGUUGCCAUGGAAGCCAUCCUGAUGAUCAUGUUCUUCACCGCAUUCUGGGUGGCGGUGGCCAAGUAUGGACCAAUUCUGGUAACUAAGGGACCGCAGGAUGACCUGGUGCGCUGCAUUUUCCUGUUGACUGCCGUUGUCUGCUGGCUUUUCUGGCUCUGUUGUUAUUUGGCGCAGUUAAAUCCUCUCCUGGGACCAAAACUUAAAGGUAACGUCGUGAGGAUCAUCGCUAAGUCUUGGGGAAACCCCUUCAAGGAUGGAUAAGCGCAUUCACCCUACAUAGUUAAUCUCUGGCGGAGGCUUCUCUGGACCUGCAGCCACAUCACAUAUUCGGAUAUUAAAUGGAAACAAUAGCUUUGCUAAACUAUUUGUGUACUUUAAUACUGGCAACUUUGAAAAGGUCGGGCUGUCCUAUUCCCAGAUACGCCCCACUAUUUCCAGACUAACAUUAUUAACUUAGUGAUAGUGUAAACACCCUCUUGUUUUUGAUAUUACAAUAUCCCUGAUCAACAUAUCUCAGCUCUAUAUUUAUUGUUCGUGCUUAAAAUUGUUUAUUUUGCAAAAUAUAAGCCAUGUUCUUAUUUAGUAUAAAUUUAUGUACAAACCUAUAAAACUGAUAUUUGCAGUUUCAUUUUUUACAAACUUGCCACAUAAGCGAUUUUUUGAACAGAUUAUUUUAAACCUAUUGUUUCCCGUUUUGUAUUUAAUUUACUAAUCAGUCAUUGUAUGUGUGAUUUAGUUAACUGGCAAAUAUAGACAAAUUUAUGCUUUA